AUGAGAAUUGAUGAAAUUGAUGAAAAUCAUUUGACUUUGAAUAAAUAUAACAAGUAUACUACUAAAAUGAGCAGCGGCAACGGAUCCAUAUCAAGACUCAAUGAAACAAGAGAAAAAAGAUCACUCUUUCGAAAUUUUUUUUUUCCUAUGUUUAUUUCGAUGCUUGUUAGUCUCUUUGUAUAUGUGAUGUCAUCCAAUCAUCCUAAUGAAUUUGAUAAACUUUUCUCAUCAUGUUCUUGUAUAUAUUACAAGAGAUUUGCAAAUCUUAUGGAAAAUAGUCCAGCUUUCACGGAUAAUAGUAUCGGGAUUGCCAAAGUUUUACGUGAUUUCUGUGUUAAGAUUUCUGAUUCCAAUAAAUAUUUUGAGAAAAUAUAUAAUUAUGAAGAAUCGCUUAUUUUACAUUUGGAAUAUCAAAUUGAAGAAAUCGGGAACACAAAAACUACACUAGAUUAUUAUUCUAUUAAUUUUUAUUUUCAUGAAAAGAUUAGAAAUUUGAAGGAAACAGUGGAAGAAACAAAAAAUGUAAUUGUGUCUAUAGAAAAUUUAAGAGAUUCAGUAGAGAAUUCCGUAAUGGCUGAAAUAAAAAAGAUAGAGGAAUAUAUUGAUGAUGAUAAAUCUAAUCACCGAGAGAAAGGAAAAAAAUAUCUGAGAAAAGCUAAUGAAAUUGAAAGAUCAUUACAUAAAUCAGCUGAAUUUCUUAUGCAAAUUAAUAAUAUGUUAAUAGAAUAUCGUGGUAGACUUUUUUCGUUAAAUAUUCAAGUUCCACAUGAAAGAUCUAGAACUGUUCAACAUAUGAAAAAGAUUUUAAAUACCGCAAAAUUAUUUCAAAAGAAUUUAAAAAGAAAAUAUCAGGAGUUACCUUUGAGUGUGUUCUAUAAGUAA